AUGGAGGAGAAUAAGAGUUAUUGUGUAACAGGAGGGACAGGCUUCAUAGGCACAUGGCUCAUUAAAUCACUCCUUCAAAUGGGCUACAAGGUCCAUGCUGCUGUGCGCCAUCCUGAGAAGUCAUCACAUCUAUUGAAGUUGGGUGAGGGCAGUGAGAUGCUAAGAUUGUUCAAAGCUGAUUUAAGAGAAGAAGGAAGCUUUGAUGAAGCAAUGAGAGGUUGCACUGGACUAUUCCAUGUUGCUGCACCCAUGGAAUUCUGCCCACAAGCCACAGAAAAUGUUGAGAGCUAUGUUCAAGAAAAUAUGAUAGAGCCAGCAAUCCAGGGGACCUUGAAUGUUCUGAAAUCCUGCUUGAAAUCCAAUUCUGUAAAAAAAGUUGUUUUCACAUCAUCAAUCAGCACAAUCACAGCCAGAGACAACUUUGGGAAAUGGAGACCUUUUGUCGAUGAAUCUUGCAAAAUACCUAUCCAACAUGUUAAGAACACAAAACCAAGUGGUUGGGUUUAUGUACUACUAAAGGUUUUGACAGAGGAUGCAGCAUUUCAGUUUGCAAAAGAAAAUGGCAUUGAUUUGGUUUCAACAAUAACACCAACUAUAGCUGGUCCAUUCCUCACUCCAACAGUUCCAUCAAGCAUUCGAGUUCUCUUGUCACCAAUAACAGGUGAUCCUGAACUGUCAGCUAUACUGACUGCUGUGAACACAAGAAUGGGAUCAAUAGCAUUAGCUCAUAUAGAGGAUAUAUGUCGUGCCCACAUAUUCCUCAUGGAGAAUAUUAAAGCAGAAGGACGAUAUAUAUGUUGUGCUCGGAGUUGGGCAAUGUCUGAAGUUAUCGAUCACCUUAAAAAAGAGUAUCCUUACCCUGCUAUAGAGAGGCAAGAUCAUGACGGAGGACAUGAUUCAGUAAUCCCCUCAGAGAUUUCAUCAAAGAAAUUGAGAGCUCUGGGAUUUUCUUUCAAGUAUGAAAUCAAUGAUAUCGUACGAGAUACAAUUAGUAGUUGUAUACAUCAUGGCUUCUUUGCCUCUAUUCAAAAGUAAGAAUUGCAAAUUUGUGUUCCAAUUACGAAUACCUUUCUCAGUUGGAAACGGAUUUUUCAACUUUUAUUGUUCUCUGAAUCCCUUUGUGAGUUGGAAACGGAUUUUUCAACUUGUU